CUAGUGAAACACAAAAGUCUUCAAUCUUCGUUGAUCACGGACAAUAUACUACAACAUCAUCAUCAUCGUCUUGAUCUCAAUCUCAAAACUCAGAGCAACAACAACAACAUAGAGACAAAAAAACAUGUUGAAGGAUGAUGUUUUCAUUGGCUCAAUUGACCAAGGAACCAGCAGCAGCAUGUUCAUAAUCUACGACAAAUCAGCUCGCCCAAUCGGAUCUCACCAGGCUGAGUUCACUCAGUUCUAUCCACAAGCAGGGUGGGUGGAGCAUGAUCCUAUGGAGAUCUUGGAGAGCGUGAAGGUGUGUAUUGCUAAGGCUUUGGACAAGGCUACUGCUGAUGGGUUCAAUGUGGAUAAGGGGUUGAAGGCUAUUGGUCUCACCAAUCAGAGGGAGACUACUCUGGUUUGGAGCAAAUCCAUUGGUGCUCCUCUUCAUAAUGCCAUUGUUUGGAUGGAUGUUCGCACUGCUUCUGUUUGCAGGUCUUUCUUUUUGCCCUUUGUCUUUUUUGUGAUUUUGAUUGCUCUGACUAAUUGUAUUGUUGAAUUUGUAUGUUUAAGAAUUCAGUUCAUUUACAAAUUGUGUGAAAAACUAGUGUUUUUUACCCGUGCGAUGCACGCACGUGCGAUGCACGCACGUGCGUUGCACGCACGUGCGUUGCACGCACGUGCGUUGCACGGAGAAUAUUAAUAUUGUAUUUGAUAU